AUGUAUAUUGAAACAAAAUCAGAACAAGGUUCACUUCCUCUUCUAGUUCAUUUACAAAAUGAACAUUUAUCGUCUAGAAAAGUCGAGUUAUGGCUUGUUGAAAAUAAAAUUUAUAUACCAAAUCAAAAAAGAAAAGAUAAAAGAAAUAAAAAAAAAAACCAAAUUAAAGAAAAAGAAAUUUACAUUAAAGUUGAAGAUAAUAAAGAAAUUAGCGAAAACGAACGUGAUUUAAUUGAAGAAAAUAAAAAAGAAGUUAGCGAAAAUGAAUGUGAUUUAAUUGAAGAGGAUGAUGAUGAAAUAUUAUGUGAAGAUGAUGAAAUACCAUGUGGACAACCAAUCUCAUCGGAAGAAGAUGAGCCAACUCGUUAUACUUUAACAUUGAUUUCAAAAACGAUCAAAUUGAAAGAAAUAAAAAUGACAAUGAAUAGUAAAUUUUCAGAUUAUCAAGAUAAAGAUUCAAUUGCAUUUGGAGAAGAUUGUGGUAGUUUAUUAAAAUUUAAAUUAAAAACAAAUAUAAAGAGGGUUAUGUUAUUAGAUGGAUUUAAAGAAAGUUUAGAACCAGGUGUAUUACCAAAUGGUAUUGUACAUUUAGAAAUGAACUGGGGUAAUGGUGAAAAAAUUAAUAAAAAAAUUACGAUUAAAAAAAUUAUUUUAAAUGAUUUUCCAGAAGAAUCAUUAAAAGUUUGUAAACUAAAUAAAUCUAUAGAGAUAAAAAUUUUUAAAUAA